CGAAACUUCGCUGUCUUUCUUAGCAGACCACCAGUCCGGUCCUCUCCACGAGCCGUGAUAACAGCAUCAUUUGCUGUUAUUCAGCUCGCGCACAUCAAUGACACUAAACAGUGUUAAAACUCGCUUUUUUCAUAAGAGAUUAUUUUCAUAGACCUUUUUUUCUAUAAAUUUUGUACAUUGCCGUUUUCUUGCCACCAUGGUGCUAGGCAAGGUGAAGAGCUUCGUUGUAAGCUACGACUGUCUCAAUGACAGUAAUGUUCCCGUUUACUCAAGCGGGGACUGUGUCUCAGGAAGGGUCAUCGUCGAAGUCACCGGGGAAAUUCGUGUCAAGUCGCUCAAAAUCCACGCAAAAGGAUUUGCGAAAGUUCGUUGGACAGAAUCACGAAAUGCUGGAUCCAACACUGCCUAUACACAAAAUUAUACAGAAGAAGUGGAGUAUAUGAAUCAUAGAGACAUCCUUAUUGGUCACGAAAGAGAUGAUGAUAACUCUGAGGAAGGCCUCAGUACGAUUCAUUCAGGAAGACAUGAGUAUGCAUUUAGCUUUGAGCUUCCACAAACACCUUUGGCUACCUCCUUUGAAGGGAAGCAUGGCAGUGUGCGCUACUGGGUGAAGGCAGAGCUGCACAGACCCUGGCUUCUGCCAUUGAAGACCAAGAAAGAGUUCACCGUCUUUGAACACAUCGACAUCAACACUCCCCUCCUACUGUCUCCCCAGGCCGGCACGAAAGACAAGACGCUCUGCUGCUGGUUCUGCACCUCAGGUCCUAUCUCCCUAAGUGCCAAAAUCGAAAGGAAGGGUUACACACCAGGAGAGUCCGUCCAGAUCUUUGCCGAGAUCGAGAACUGCUCCUCACGCAUGGUGGUGCCGAAGGCGGCCAUCUACCAAACACAGACCUUCUACGCCAAGGGGAAGAUGAAGGAGGUCAAGCAGCUGGUGGCGAACCUCAGAGGGGAGUCGCUGUCUUCCGGCAAAACGGAGACGUGGAACGGGAAGAUGCUGAAGAUUCCCCCGGUGUCGCCGUCCAUCCUGGACUGCAGCAUCAUUCGGGUGGAGUACUCCCUAAUGGUAUACGUGGACAUUCCUGGAGCCAUGAACCUGUCUCUCAACCUGCCUCUGGUGAUCGGCACCAUCCCCCUGCACCCUUUCGGCAGCCGCACAUCCUCAGUCAGCAGCCAGUGCAGCAUGACCAUGAGCUGGCUAGGCAUGGCCCUGCCGGAGAGGCCCGAGGCUCCCCCAGAGUAUGCAGAGGUGGUCACGGAGGAACAGCGGCAGAGCUGUCUGGAGGAGUCCUCGGGCCGUGAAAACUUCGAUGGCCCGCUGUUUGCCUACAUCCAAGAGUUUCGCUUCCAGCCUCCUCCUCCCUACUCUGAGAUUGACCCAAACCCGGAUCAAGUCAGACAGGUGGAGCAGCGGAGGCCAGAUGUGUGUCCAUCGCGCUGAGCAGCCCAUGCCGCCGGCCCCAAGCGCCCGGGCCCUCCAAACUCUCCCCUUCUUUGUUUUUUCUCCCGGCGACGACGAGUCCACUUGCGCCGUCGUCGACGUUGAGAGAAAAGGAGACGCGCACAGGAGAAAGGAAGGCAGCGCGCAGGAAGCCGCCGCUGCAUCACUUCUUAUCCGGUCCACGGGAACGUGUGAGAGCACCGCUCGUCCCUGUCGGCCCCUGUGGACGGACAGGCCUGGUCGCACCGUGCCACCAGGAUUACGUCACCCUAGUUUUUAUUGUCCUCAUGCUUCUUUUUGUAACCGUGGCACAAACGCAUCUCUGUAGUGCAGAACUGUCUAGAGACUUGAUCAGAAAACCCACAGCAUAAAACACUAUAGCCACCGUCUGCAGCCUAACAGAGAGAAGACUGCCAUCCUCUUGCCUCUUGUGGAUUUUUGCACAUUUUUCCUUUUGAGUUACAUGGCUCAGAUUUAAAAUCACUGACUUUUUUUUUUUUUUUUUUUUUUCCCUGUAUCUUGCUAUGAUAUGACUAAGUGCUUGCAGGCUUCUAACUCGAUUCGCACAACUACGAACAACAGCAAGCACAGAUUCAGAGACGGACGCAGAACCGGACUGAAAAGUACUCUAGCCGUGCUCUGAUCCAGUUUCAGCCAUCCUUAGCUGCUGCUGUUUCUCGCCCUCGCGCUUCCUCACACGGGAACGCAGGCGACGGACUGCCCGAGCGGCACAGCCCCCUCGGUGGCUUGCGGCUGCCCCACCCGUAAUAUGUUUAGUUUGUUUUUUUUUUUCUUUGUUUUUUUUUUCGUUUCUUCUUCCCUUCUGUUCAUGUGGACGCCAUGUAUACUUUCUAAACAUGGAAUGCCUUUAAGUCAACCGUUGUUCGCUCGGCAUUUUUAUGUUGGUAGCGCAUGUUCCGUGGCAGACAGACGGCAGACAAGCACCUGCCCCCUUGCAUGCCUAUGCAGGGAGGAGAACCGAAAAGGGCGGGACGUGCAGGUGAUGGACACCCGCACCGGCUUCCAUACAGCACUGCCUGAAUGAAACUUAAAAGCACUCAGUCUCAGGAGAACUUCUCACUUGCCAAAUGGAUGGAAACAAAAUAUAUUGAAAUAUAUAUACGUAUGAAAAAGACUGUUUAAAUUGCACUGUUUGAAAGUGUGAAAGCGUGUAGUCGAAACAAAAAUAGUACGCUAGACAAAACAGUAAGAGGAGAUGCAAGGCAGAUGUCUAAGGUGAUUGACAUUCCCCUUUUUACCUGUUGUACUCGCAGGCUUCAUUUGUCACAGAGUUCCUCCAAGGCCAGUGAUGGGAGAUGUGUGUAAACAAAAUCAAGAGAACAGGAAAUGGAAAAGGACCCCAAAGCAGUGGGGGAGCUGUCCGAAGCCUCGCUGCGUAGGAAGAGAAAGGGGAUGCCCUGUGGCUGAGCUGCUGCUCAGAUUGUGGCCUGGUGGCCGUGGAAAGGCGUCCCACGUUGAAAUGAGUCAUACAUUUGUUUUUAAAACUCAUUCAACAACUAAACCAGUUUUAGCUACGGCUUCCAUGCAGCCUUAAUCAUGAAGCACUUUUUUUUUUUUUUUUUUUUUGAACGAGAAACACAAAGCCUGAUCACAUCUCGUUGAGGUCUAGAGGAAGUUUACUAUCCAUGUCCCAGUGAAAAUUGUUUAAGAUGUGUUCAGCGUGUCACUAAAAUUCAAGCUUUGAAAGGUGGUAUGGAUGAUCGCAGUCAUGUUGCUGGCGUGCGCGUGUACGUGCUGUUUAUGGCUCAGGUGAGGUAGGGUAAAAUCCAGCAGGUCUUUUGACUACUGCUUUGAACAUGGACAGACUAAUCAAAAAUGGUUUAGUUGUCCUGACCCUGAAGAUUUAACGUGAAUAAUGCUUCAUCUUUCAUAUUCGUUACAACUGAAAACCUUCUGGCUUUCGUCUGAGCUGUGUUUUUGUUUAAAAGCACAAAAAGGGAAAACCAAAUAGUCCUUCAAAGCUAGCACUGAUUCCUAGACAUGCCACUCUGAUUUGCUAUGGCUUCAAUCCCAUUUUGCAUCGACUAGUUUUGAUAAUUAUUGUCAUGGGCAUUCAAGGUUUGUUUCCUGGUCAAACAACCUGUUACUGUUCAGUUUCUCCCACCUCUCUUUAUUUUGGGAACAAUGGCUGUAGUUUCACACAUCUAUAUAGAUCUGGGUCAUCAAUGAACCAAACAUGACUAUUCUAAGACAAAGCAGACCACUUCUUUUGUUGCACAUGCGGUUUUUGUUUUUGUCUUUUUGUUUUGCUUUGCGUUAUCCACACCUGGCAAAAUCACAACCUGCACGUGAUUUGGGCCUUAGGUAAAACAAAAAAGGGAAUGCUUCUUUGUGGUUGGUCAGUUCCAGCAUCCAAGCGCUUGUCCUUCCAUGCAGUACAGUGUUAAAAGCUAAACUUACACCUCCCUGCAAAGAAAGAAGUAGAAAUAUGGGUGAGGAUUUGGUUUAGAUACUAAGUGCAAUAGGACCUGUUUGAGUUAAUUCUGUCACAUUGGUAUGCCCCCCCCCCCCAUUGUCCAUUGCAACACUACAUAAUGUUAAUCUGCAAAUCGGAAUGGUUUUGAUCUUUCAUAUAAGUUCUUCCUUGAAGCUCAAUAAACCUUUUUUUCAAGCAUUAAA